AUGAACACGAACGGCAACGCGGUCGGGCAGGAAGGUGGUGCCGGUACCGAUUAUGGGAGUAACGAGGAGACGGCGGCUUUGCUGGGCAGGCCGCCGCCGCCGCCGGUCGUGGUGGCCGCGGCGUCUCAGGGCAAGCCGGUGCUCACGCGGCAGGAUCGGGCGACUUUCCUGGUCGCCUCGCCGCAACUGUCCGUGUCCGGGCUCGGCGGCUCCGAGGAGAGCGGCACCAACGAGGACCCGGCUACCAGAUCGGUACCGGACAUCGAGCUUCACUGCCGGCUGGACGAGCCGCAGCAGCAACAGCAGCCGCAGCCGCAGCCGCAGCUCCAGCAGCCGCAGGUGCAGCAGUCGCAGUUGCAGGCGCAGCCGACAUCCUACCGGUCGUCCAGGCAGUCGCAUCAGUACAGAUGCAGGUGCGACCGAAGGGAUUCCCUUGCGCCCACCUCGGCCCUUCACUUGGCCCGCAGCGUCUCCAGAGAGAGCGUGAAGAGCGGCCACCACUGCUGCCCGUGUCAGGCGCCGCCGCCGCCGGUGUUGGUCACCACGUCGCCCAACGCCCGCAUAAUACGGCAGAGCUCGCAGCCGGAAGCGUCCGCGUGUUGUUGCUCCGGCUGUUGCUGCCCGCUGCACACCGGCGCGGCACCGAGCGCCGCCUCGCUGCGGCAGCUCCGCGAGCCCGGCGACGGGAUCGCCGGCAUCGCCGCGGACUCGCUGCGGAUCAAUGGCGGCAUACGACAGUUCCGGCAGUUCCCGUGGUGGUGCAAGUCGUCCUCGUCGACGAUGGCGGCGGCGGCGCCUUCCUCCACGGCCGCGGCGCCAGGCUCAGCAUCCGCCGGCGCCGCACCCGGCACCCAGGGCGGCCAGGGCGUCUUACUAUGUCCACGUACGCUGUCGCAGGUGCGACGGUCACGACUACGCCGGGCUCUCACCGAGGCGACCGCCGAGACCGUCAACUACGUCAAGACGCUGCGGAAGCCAGUGUCGACUCUCUCGAUCCCGGGGGCGAUGAAGAACAGCGGCGGGGUGGCCGGCGGGGGCGGCGCGGGGGCGGCCGGGGCGGCUGCCGGCAGCGGUAGCGCCGGGGGCGCCGGUGCCGGCGAGGACGCCGGCAUCGCCCUCGUGGGCGUCCACUCCGAGUAUCCCCGUUACAUGGACGAGCGCAUGCUGGGCGGCGGCGGCUCCCUCAAGGGCCAGUCCUGCGGCGGCAGCAUCGGGCCCGGGUCCAAACACAAGCCGAACGUCGGCUACCGGCUGGGCAGGCGGAAGGCCCUCUUCGAGAAGCGCAAGCGCAUCAGCGACUACGCCCUCGUGAUGGGCAUGUUCGGCAUCAUCAUGAUGGUCAUCGAAAACGAACUGUCCAGCGCCGGCGUUUACACCAAGGCCUCGUUUUUCUCGACAGCACUGAAAACCCUGAUCUCUGUGUCUACUGUGAUACUGCUUGGCCUCAUAUUUGCUUACCAUGCCUUAGAAGUUCAGUUGUUCAUGAUCGAUAACUGCGCGGACGACUGGCGGAUCGCGAUGACCUGGCAGAGGAUCGCGCAGAUCUCGGUGGAGCUGGCGAUCUGCGCGAUCCACCCAAUCCCGGGCGAAUACUACUUCCUGUGGACGACCAAGCUGGCGAACAAGAACGGCGAUAUCGGCUCCAAGUGGGUGCCGUACGACGUCACCCUCUCGCUGCCGAUGUUCCUCAGGCUCUACCUCAUCUGCCGGGUGAUGCUGCUGCACUCGAAGCUCUUCACGGACGCGUCGUCGCGAAGCAUAGGGGCCUUGAAUCGCAUCAACUUCAACACCAGGUUCGUCCUCAAGACCCUGAUGACCAUCUGCCCGGGCACGGUGCUGCUGGUCUUCAUGGUCUCCCUGUGGAUCAUCGCCUCGUGGACCCUGCGGCAGUGCGAAAGGUUCCACGACGAGGAACAUGCAAAUCUCCUCAACGCCAUGUGGCUCAUCGCCAUCACGUUCCUGAGCGUCGGUUUCGGCGACAUCGUGCCCAACACAUACUGCGGUCGAGGUAUAGCCGUCUCCACCGGAAUGAUGGGCGCCGGGUGCACCGCUUUACUGGUGGCAGUCGUCUCCAGGAAGCUCGAGCUUACGCGGGCGGAGAAGCACGUGCACAACUUUAUGAUGGACACACAAUUAACGAAAAGGUUGAAGAACGCCGCGGCGAACGUGUUGCGGGAAACGUGGCUGAUUUACAAGCACACCCGCCUGGUGAAGCGCGUCAAUCCCGGACGCGUGCGGACCCAUCAGCGGAAAUUCCUGUUGGCCAUAUACGCACUCAGAAAGGUGAAAAUGGAUCAGCGUAAAUUGAUGGACAACGCCAACACUAUAACGGACAUGGCCAAGACGCAAAACACCGUCUACGAGAUCGUCUCGGACAUGAGCACGCGCCAGGACACGGUGGAGGAGCGUCUGGUGGGUCUGGAGGACCGUCUGGUCGGCCUAGAGGAGAAGCUGACCUCGCUGCAGGGCCAGCUGGAGCUGCUGCCGGAGGAGCUGACCCGCUGCCUGGCGCAGCACGCCGAGCGGAUGGAGCAGCGGCGUAACUUCCUCCACCCGGAUACCGCGGUAGCCAUGGCGGCUUCCGGCGGCGGCAGCGGCGGCGGCGGCGGCGGCGGCGGCGGCGGUGGCGGCGGCGGUGGCGGAGGAGCGAUCUCGUCGGGCACGAGCCUGGGCGUUUCCGGCGGCGGCAGCAUCGCGUCCGCCGCGCACCACCCCCUCGCCAGCCUCUCCAACUCACCCCUGCUGCCGCACUCGCGCAGCGUGCCUAGCGCGCCCAGCACCAUGUCCCUGCACCCGUGGCCGGUCAGCCCGGUCCUACCGCCCGUCUCCAGCCGUACGCCCCACCUGGUGCCGGAAACCGGCAGGCAUCACGGCCUCAGUCACUCCGCCACGGUGACCACCACGACCUCGCAGUCGGCCACCAGGCUCACUUCGCAGGCCGGCAUGGGUGGGCUAGGCAACAGCCAAGGCUCGGACACGUCGGCGCACAGCUGA